AUGAAGACCCCAUGCCCAUUCCUGUUCAGAACAUCUCGAACCCCCCCUCGGGGCUCAGUGGUCCGUGCCAUGCCAAUUUACUGGAAUCCUGAACACAUGAAUGAAGUUGCUAAGAGAUGUCCGACCCACGUGGCGAACAGCAAGAACGAGCACCCCUCCCAGGUGAGGCACCUGCUGACCUCAGAACAUCGAGAGGCCAGACACAUGGAGGACCCCCUCACGAAGAGACUCAGUGUCAUCAUACCUCACGAAGAACCGCAAGUUGGUUCUCUGUGGGUGACGUCAUUAUUCCAGUUUAUGUGCUACAGCUCCUGUCAUGGAGGGUACAACAGAAGGCCUCUACACGUCAUAUUCACGUUGGAGCAUGACAAUCAGGUGCUAGGAAGGCAGGUGAUAAAGGUGAGGUUGUGUGCAUGUCCUGGCAGAGAUUGGGACAAUGAAGCCAAUCCAAGAGGGAAGAAGAAGAGAAAUAGCAACGUUACAAGUUUCACCACAGACAAAAGCGAAAAACUUGAACAACUAGAGUCGAAUUCCAAAGCGAAACCAGUCAUCAUAGUCAGUCAGAAUCGGAAAAGGAAGAUAGGCAGCAGUACUUUCAACAGCAGCAGCAGCAGCAACGUCAGUAACUUCAUGCUCGAGACUUUGAUCAGCAACUCUAACGAAGAGUACGUUGAUGAAAUUGCACAGAGGAUGAAUCCUGACGAUGACCUAUCUUCAUCCAAGAAAAACUUCAUGUGUUCAAAUGAAACGGAUGUAUACACCCUCAGGGUUGUUGGUCGAUUGAACUUUGAAAUACUUCGAAAGUUAAGAGAUUCCUUGCACGUUGUGAGUCGGCUGCCAGUCGAUGUCUUAGACAAGUAUGCGUUCGUCGAUGGCUCAGAAAACGAUUCAGAAAGUCUGUCAGUUGAAACGAAGCCAAAAGCGCAGUGCAAGCCGAAAAUUAAGAUGGAUCCAACGCAGUCGUUGAAUAUUCAUUCAAAUAACGCAACCAGCAACAACCAGCAACAACAACAAUGCUCCCAGCAACAGCAAAACUGCUUCCAAGAGACCAGCAACAAAUUCCAGAUGCGUCAUCAGAUCGUCAUACAACAACUAGCGGCCAGUGAUCAGUCCGACGGCAAACUGUUGAACGAUUAUUCCAUUCAAUGUUGA